UAUAAUAAAUGUUUUGUUUUGUCGGUCGGUGCGGUGACGGACGUGCGUGUAAACGAAUGAUAAAGAAAUUGUUUUGGUGCUAGUAUUAUUCUGCUGAAAUAUGGAUGUAAAUAAGGUUUUCACGAAAAUUAAAGAACUGGGCCAUGUUAAUAAUAAACGUGACGAGUUACGGGAAUACUGCAAAUUGAAGAUUGAUCAUAUUGUGAAAUUUUUGCCGAGGCGUAUAUUGGACAGCGAUGGCGGAGAUUUAUUGGACUGUAUAUUCAAUGGACUGCCGGAUAACCCCACAAAUUCCAAGAGCAAGGCCAAGAUAGUGGACAUAGUUCUACAAGUGAUGAGAAGGGAAUCAACGUCACUGACACAUUGUGGAGAUGUGAUAAGCAGACUGUGUCUGGAAUUGUCACGACUGUUGCCAGUAGAUCUGGUCCGUUGGUGCAAUGACACCGUUCAGUCUAUUGUGGAUGACAGUGAUGUUAACAUGAUUUGGAAGGAUGUCCUCCCAGAGUGCCUGAGUGCAUUGUCAUCGGAGUCCUCAAUAACCCACUGCGGCACAGAUAUGCCGGUGGAGGAUUACAAGGAGCAAUGUGUCCGCACCCUGUGUCAGUGUCGCUGGAAGGAAAGGCAGUUAGUGCCGCUUGCUACUAUGUUCAAGGACCUACAGCUGCCGCGCGAAGAUCACAAGCAGGUGGUCAACAAGCUGUGCAGCUACGUCAACGACCUCCCACCAGAGACGUUACCUCCGCUCGUUCACCAACUGCUGAAACUAUGCAAGAGCUAUCAUGUGGAGAUAGUGCUGUCGCAUGUCAGCCACUACUUCAGCGUGCGACUGUACAGCAAGCUGGAGCCUCCGCCCCCGGACUCCGAGUCUACCACCAUGGACAUUGAUGAUAUUGUCCAACACAGCCCAGAAGAACUUAGCCGUUGUCUGUCCACCUGCCUGUACCACAUGUCGUCUGGCGCGGCCGAGCCAGACACCAUGCGGCGACACAUCAAGGCCUGGCCGAAGACACAGCUGCUGAGGAACCCCUUCCUCAUAGACCUGGCACUUGCGCUAUCUGAUAAGGGCGCCGAUUUGAGGACCGUUUGUUUGGAUGUGGUAAAAUCAGCUAUAGAGCAGCGAGUAUCGGACGAGCUGCGCAGCAAGGAGUCUGCGUGGGCGCGGUCCGUGCUGCCGCCCGACGUCGACGUGGCCACUCUACUCAAAGUGCUCACCACGGAGAGCGCGAACCACCGCCAGCUGACAGUGAUGGGUCUGAUCAGCCUGGCGUUCUGCCUGCUAGCGGUUCCUUCCUCUCGGCCUACGUCAAUACAGUGCUGGUCCCUGGGCAAGUUGAUCCUGGCUCGACUCAGCAAGUCCCAGCGGGAGACGGCGCCGCUCAUACUAACGCGCCUGUGUGACCGCCUCACCGCUAACGUCCAACACCACCAGUAUGUAGAAUGCCUGCACGUUCUCUGCGCCCUGACGCCUCUAUCCUUGGAGCGUUGCCCGGCGCUGUGCACCAUACUAGAGAGCUGCCAGCCCGCCCCGGGCGACUACAGGUCCGCGGCCGCGGUGCUCGACGCCGUGCAUCCGCUCAUCAACUUCAGCACCCGGGUGCGAGAUGUCCUCGUCAUGGCUUGCCGGAAGGGGCUAUAUUCCAGGGACUCGACCCACCGCUGCCUUGCCCUGUCGGGGUUCCUGACAGUGCUGCGCGUAGUGAAGCUGCCCCGCACGUGGUCGUCCACCGAGAGCUCGUGCAGCGAGCAGUACAGCGCGCACUCCUACCUCACGCAGGUCGACGUGCACGCCUCGCACAGCGGCAGCCAGGUAGUGUCGCGUGUUCGUAACGAAGCGAUGUGUAUGGAGCUGGUGUCCAUGUUGAGGAGAUGCUUAGUGCAAGAUGCAGCCGUCAAAGAAUUGCUAUAUAGGAAAAUCUACGAUUGCACGAAGGACAAGCCGGUGCUCCACGAGGCAAUAUUAGAGCUGCUAUACGAACAUCUCAGCAAAUACCUCCCAGAGACCGACUCGGACGGCUGUCUGUUGUUCGACAAAUGUGUCCAGAUCACGCCAAUAACCGCCGCGUUGACUGAGCCCAUAUCCCGCCUGUUGUACGUAACCGCCCAGUUCGUGCAGCCAGUGGAGGAGGAAGACUUGGAGGACAUCCUCGGCAGCCAGGGCGGCGACACCGGCAGCGCCUACCUCAAGAGCAAGCUCACCAGCGUCUUGGACAAGAUGUGCCGAGCUGACUGCUUCACCAGGGUCAACAUGGAAGACCCUGGACUAACAGACCUGACUCCAGAGUCGAAGGCCAAGAACUUGAAAGUGCAACAGAUGAUAUCGUGCUAUGAGGCGCUGGUGGCGCACCAGAUAAUGCAGUGGUCUACCACCAGUGACAACCCUGCGGCGCGAGUCUACGAUCUGUUCAAAGCUUGCAACCAUUUGUUGGAACAAACUAAGGCACCACCAAAACUCGGCAAGAAAAGCAGCAAGUCCGCUCUAAACGAGACCAGAGAGACUGUCAAGUCGCAGAAGACUCAGAAGUCACAGAAGGAGAAAGGCAAAGCACCAACCAAAGUGUCCAAUCUAGUGAAGGAUAGAGCCGGUCCAUUCAAAACGUUACCCUGCGUGUGGGACCUCAAGUUGUGUUUGAGAGUUUUGGAGCUGUUGUAUAAUGAAAACGUCCCGUGGUGUUCGCUAGAACAUCGCAACUACCUACGUUCACGGCGCGACUUCCACCAAUGGGCGCUGCGCUGUGUGACGUCAUCGGUGGGCGCGCUCGCGGACCGGCGCAGUGCCAGGAGCGUGGCCGACAUCGCCGCCGUGCUGUACGGCCGCGCCAUCUGUCGGUUCCAAGACAUAUGCGAUUUCGACGAUGUAACAGCUCUAGGUUGUAUAGAGCUGUUCAAGGAAUGUCUUACUCUGCUUUUCUCGACGCAGUUCUCUCUUAAGAUGGAGAGUUUCCUCACUGUUAUAACGGGUUUAACCGACAGUACAGCAUCAGCCUGCAUAGCAAUAAUAUUACAGAAGAUACAUUUGGCGUUAAUGCAGAUUGAAGAAGAAAGUGUCGCUGAAGAACGGGACGCGAUGGUGAAGAAACUGGUGACUGCUCUGGUGCAGACUGCUACGGUGGUGCUCGAGACUCCCUCGCCGCCCAGCCUGGAAACUACUUUAAUAAUAACUAAACUGGAGGACUACGUGCGGUCGAGCAAGCAAGACUGCCUGUCCCUCAUCCCGCCGCUGCUCACAGCUAUGUACAGGGAGCAGAAGGAGACCAUACUCUUGGACGAUUUGCUCGUCAAAUUGAGUACUUCUUUAGGAAGAAUUGAUGAGGACGACACGUCAGCGGGCGGCGAGGACGCCAACAUGUUCCCCUGCAUAGACGCGGUACGCGGCCACGCGGCGCUGGCCCACGUGUGCGCCCACCUGGCCGCCCGCCACCGCUGCAUAGAGCACCAGCUGCGACGCGCGCGGGACCUGGCCACCGCCACCGCCGUGGCCACCCACACGAACCACACUAGAAUACAUAAAGAACUAUCGGAGCUGUAUAAAGCGAUAGUGGUGCAGCUGGGCGAGGUGACCAGCUGGACGAGCCGCGUGUGCAAGCUGCGGUGCUGCGUGGGCGCGGGCAGCGACCGCGUGCUGACCGCGGCCGUGCGGCUGUACGCGCUGCUGGCGGCGCUGGCGCGGCAGCUCGACCCUGCUACUGCGCAGCUCGCGCGAAUAGAACGUUUGCUCAAACUAUGUGGCAAGAAGCUGUCUGUGGUGUGUGACAACCUGAUCACGUACCUGGAGGCGUCCCAGCCGCAGCAGAGCGCCAACAAGGUGCUGCGCGACACCAAGCUGAUCCCGCGGCUCGUGCUCGAGGCAGAGCUCUUCACCAAACACCUCAUACUGCUCGCUAACAAGGCUAAGAUCGACUACCAGCAAUACUUGUCGUUGGGCACGGCCCGCGACUUCCGCAUCAAGGCGCCCGUGCUACAGGAGGCGCUGCAAGCGCACCGCGACGACGUCAGGGAUGAUGAUGGCCAAACAGACAUAAAUGAUGCUGCCACGGAAAUUAUAUCACCAGUAGCUAGUGAACAUGAAGAGGAAGAUGCUAACGAUGAAGAAACUUCUAGAAGGAAGAGAAGAAGAGUGUCUUAGAAGUAUUAUGUUGUAGGUUUAGAAAUUUGGCUGUUACGGAAUAAUUAUUUUUCAAUAAAACUUUGUAUUAAAC